ACAUAUUAUUGGAGCAUGGGGGACAUCAGUCAGGCAGAGACAGCUUCGUUGCUACAAAUAGAUGAAAAUAACACGUUGCCUGACUGGUUCAACCUCCAUCGCCAACUCUGUACCGAUUGGGUACGAGACAACCCAAAAAUAAUUGGUGGACCUGGUCGAAUUGUCCAUAUUGAUGAGAGUCUGGUGUCCAGUAACAAAAGGACAAGAAAUGGAAGGGCCAGGCUAUUUCGGCAGCGUUGGCUUUUUGGCGGCAUAGAUAAUGUUUCCAAAGAAGCCUUCUUAGAAGAGGUGGCUCAACGUGAUGCGGCCACUUUGCUGCCCAUAAUACAACGGCAUGUUUUGCCCGGCACGACAAUAUGGUCUGACAAGUGGGCCGCUUAUGCGAACAUUCCCAGAGUUACGGGACUGGCACACGACACUGUCAAUCAUCGAUAUGGCUGUGUUGCUCCAAAUGGAGUGCAUACUAAUGCCAUUGAGAAUCUUUGGAAGUGUGCCAAAGAUAAAUUUAAA